AUGUUUGUCUGUCAGGCGCUGUGUACUCAGGACGGUGAGGGUGUGAGGGUCGGCCCAGGCCAUGACCAGAGACUGGCUGUGGAAGGCCUAACCAGCCCCAUCCCCCCCAUGCAGUUCCCUGCCUUCGAGUGGACCAGACAGUCAGCUACCCCUGGCUCUAGGGAACAGGACAUGGGCUCCCUGCGCGUCACCAAGCGCCACAGGAAACUACUGAAAACCAGCCCUGUGGUCUCUAACAACUCCCACAACUCCUCCUCCUCCUCCUCCUCCUCCUCCUCCUCCUCCUCCUCCUCGGGUUCCCCAGACUCUCCUGAGGAGAGCUGGCAGUGGCACAGACUGUCCCACAUCCAGGAAGCUCGGCGGAGGCUGAUGAAGGAGGUCUGUGCCAAGUACAAGAGCAGCAUUUCCAGGACAAUCACACCUCACCACGUGUCCCGGAUCUAUGUGGAGGACAAGUACAAGCUGCUGUACUGCGAGGUGGCCUAUUGAUGAUCUGAUUAUUACAUAUUGAUUAUUGGACUUUUGAAUAUUGCUGUUAUAUACUGAUAUUUAUGUUUUUGCAACUUAUAAUGAUUAUUGGUGUAUUUUGUCAUUGUGACUAUAAUGCUGGCUGCAAUGAUUUGACAAACCAAUAUCCCCAUGGCGGAUUAAUAAAGUAUUUUUGUUAUCUUAUCUUAUCUCUUUAGGUGCCCAAGGCGGGCUGCUCCAACUGGAAGAGGAUCCUCAUGGUACUGUCUGGCCUGGCGUCAUCCACCCACGAGAUCAAACACGACGCCGUCCACUACGGCAACCACCUCAAGAGGCUGGACAGCUUUGACCGCCAGGGCAUCACGCGGCGCCUGGAGACCUACACCAAAGUCCUGUUUGUCCGCGAACCCCUGGAGAGGCUGGUGUCCGCCUUCAGGGACAAGUUUGAGAAUCCCAACACCUACUAUCAUCCUGUAUUCGGGAAGCCCAUCAUCUCCAAGUACAGGGUAAACGCCUCCAAGGUGGCCCUCAGGACGGGCAGCGGAGUGACCUUCCAAGAGUUCAUGCAGUAUCUGUUGGAUGUGCACAGGCCUGUGGGCAUGGACAUUCACUGGGAGCCUGCCAGCCAGCUCUGCAGCCCCUGUCUGCUGGACUACAACUUCAUCGGCAAGUUUGAGACCAUGGAGGAGGAGGCUAAUUUCUUACUACAUAGGACUGGUGCCCCACAUAACCUCACCUUCCCCAGUUUUAAAGACAGGAACCCCAAGGCUGAGAGGACUUCAACUCAUUUAACCCAUCGCUACUUUGCACAGCUCAGCACUUCAGAGAGACAGAGAGCUUAUGACUUUUAUUACAUGGACUACCUUAUGUUUAACUACUCCAAACCUUUUAAAGAUUUGUAUUGA